AUGGGCAAGCAGCCAGUCACCCUGGGCCAAUGCGGAGGCGCGAGUAAGCGCCGAACCCCGCGAGCAGGUCAGAGCUCGCCGCCAAUCUGCGGCCAUCACGGCGCAUCACAUCCACAGCUUGCCCGCAGCUACAUGCCACUAGCCGCCAAUGAACGUGCAUCCUGGCAGCGGCAGGAGUUGCUGCACUGGCCGUCACAAUCACCGUCACACCUCCCUCAGAGACAACCCGCUUUCGCUGCUUCUGAGAGGCCCUCGAAGCGCCCGGGCUACUGCUCCUCACUGAGCUCGUUGGAUCUUCCUCACCCCAUCCAAGAGGCAGGCAUGUCUGCCAAUCCGGGACGGAAUGGUGUCUCCCCUCCUCGGCCCUCUGCUUUAUCAAUCCACCGUGGCACCGAUCCUGCCGUUUAA